AUGUCAAACAGCAAUUAUUAUCGACCGUUUGAGAAGCCACUUCAGCAUUUGGGAAUUGAUGAUUGGCGUUCGCGCACCAAUCACUUGUGCAAUUUGGCAUCUGUUCAUCGAACCAAUGCAUUUGAUUUGGUACAGGCAAGCCGAAGUGUGCGGGAUGAAAAUCAAGUGCAGGCAAAUUUCAAUACAACUAACAACACCAUCCGUUUGGCAAAUCGAGUGCAAGAGUUGGAUCGAUGGUAUGCAGAAAUACGGUUGUGUUUUGACCGAUUGUUCAUGGAAAUCAAUUCUCUGCGUUUGGAAAAAAGUUUGACCGAAAGCGCUUUGGAUGCGCUGAGUGUGCGAUUAUCGGUUGCCACUGAGUGUUUGUCGAUGAGAGACAGUCGUACGCACGGUGAAAUCACACAAGACGAUGCAAAUGUUGAAUUAAAACGUGAACUGGCUACCGUUGAGAGUAGCAUCAAAAUGCUCGCUGAUCAAUGCCAAUGCGCGUGGGAGCAACUCAAUCGCUUGAAUGAAGUUAAAAUGAAAUUAAACUUGGAACUAAUGCACAAGAACGAAGCUAGAGAUUGUGACAAUCAACAGCGAUUCACUAACGAAGUGUGCUCAAAUGUUACCUUCAAGACGGACUCAAUACGUAAUCCAAGAAACUGCAGCACAUACGAUGGAUGGCUUGAGCACUCCAAGAAAAUCAAACAUAUUGCUGAAAACGAAAUGGAGAGCUCAUGUCGAAUGCGAGAGUCAUUGUUUGUGGCACGGGAAAAGACGAAAAAUUCAUUAGAAAGCCAACAAGAGCUCACGGAGCACUCGCUUCGCAAGCGAAUAUUCGAUACACAACGUGCGCGAAAUGAAUUCGAAUGGCAAAUUAUAAAGAACAAAAAUGAAAUGAAAAUAUUGUUGAAUGAAAUUGAACAAAUUGAAAACGCACUCGAAUCGAAUGCAAAAGCAACAAAGUUGGCUGAAACGCGCUUAGAAAAUAGAUGCCAACGGCCGGGCAUGGAAUUAUGCAUGGAUGGCGUGUACAGUGGGCUAUGUGAUGAAAUUAAGCAGCUUCAAUUUGCUCAACAACAACUUGAUGAAAAACUUAGCAUAUCGAAAGCAUCGUACAACCAACUCGAAUCGAGUUUACAACAACUCGAGGCCGAUUUAAAAAAGAAACACCACACCCUAGACACCGAUAUUCGGGCGCUGGAUAUGCGACAAAGAUUGAGGAAUAAUUCAAGUGAAGACAUCACAACGGAGAAUCGUCAAAUGACACUGACACAAUUGCAGCAAGAAACAUGAAUAUCGUGUCUGCCAUUGAUUACAGCUCUAAUUAGUUGCCUCUUGUUUUUUUAUUCCAUUCUUCUUCAUCACAUCCAUUUUCUGCAAGAACUCCCCAGAAGCGAUAAGCAGCAGCAGAAGCAACAGAAACAGCACUACAAUGCAUCCAAAAUUUACAGCUUUCUCUCUCUCUCUCUCUCUCUCUCACUCGUUUGCAGCACGCCACCAAAGCACAAGCUAAAUACCAUGCUAUGGCAAUUUUAGCGCGAGCUCAUCG